AUUAAUUUAUAUUUUUUUUUUCUUUAACUUUUUAAUAUUAUAUAAUAUUGGGCUAUUAAUUUAUAAACCAAAUAACGAAAUAUAAUAUAUUUUGUAUAACUAUUAAACAAAGUAAAUCGCAAUAAAUAAACAAACAACAUAAAAAUAUAUAUAUAACAAAAUGUUUCUCUUUGGCAAACAAAAAACCCCAAAAGAAAUUCUCAGAGAAAAUCAAAGAGCUCUUAAUAAAUCAAUGAGAGAAAUUGAUCGUGAACGUGUAAAUCUUCAGAAUCAAGAAAAAAAGAUUAUAUUAGAUAUUAAAAAGAUGGCCAAACAAGGUCAAAUGAACUCAGCAAAGAUUAUGGCAAAAGAUUUAGUUAGAACUAGAUAUCACAUUCAAAAGUUUUAUGAAAUGAAAACUCAAUUACAAGCUGUUAGUCUUAGAAUUCAAACUUUACAAUCAACACAACAAAUGGCAGAGGCAAUGAAAGGUGUUACUAAAGCAAUGAUGACAAUGAAUAGACAAAUGAAUCUUCCACAAUUUACAAAGAUUAUGAUGGAAUUUGAAAUUCAAUCAGAUAAGAUGGAUAUGAAAGAAGAGAUGAUGAAUGAUACAAUGGAUCAAGUUAUGGAACAAGAUGACGAAGAAGAACAAUCACAAGAAAUCUUAAAUCAAGUUUUAGAUGAAAUUGGUAUUGAUUUAGCUUCUCAAUUAGUUGAUACUCCAACUACAGUUGGUACAGCAGUUGCUUCAAAACAUCAAGUCAAUGGUUAAUUUAAAUUAUUAAAUAAUUUUUUAUAACAUAUUUCUAAACAUAAUAACUAUAUUAAAACAACAAAACCAUAUAACAAUAACAUAUACCAACAAUAUCAAAUAACCCAAUUAUAAUUAGUAAUUUAGAGAUUGUAUUUAUUUAUCCUAUAUUUUUAUCAAUAAACAAAUUUGUAAAUUUAAAAAAUCUAAUAUUUAUUAAAAUAAU